AAUAAAACUCAACAUGGGUGGCGGAUUGGUCGUAUUUCAUUUCUUGCAUUGUCGAAUGUUCUUUGGUCGGCAUUGCUCAAUCUGAUCAUGGCUGCGAAGAAGCCCGUCUCGCCACUAGGUGACGACGCUCAUCCGCGCAUCUGGAACCCCUCAGCCUUACGAGCCUUGACGUCUUCCCCCCGCCUUAGCCUGAGCCGCUCCAGAAGGGAUUCAUGUUCUACGACAAGCUCAAGCUCAACGUCUUCGCUCGAGCCGGGCUCGAGGGCGUCAUGUGUCACUCGUCAAACACCUCACGAUGAGUGUGCUGUACAUAGGUUCAUCGUGUGGGCCGCCAUUCAGCGAAAUGCUUGCGAAAAGAUGUCGCCGAUUGAGAAACUCGAAUGCCCUCUGCUUCGCUGCAGGAAACGGUUUCCGAAUCAUGAGCUGAUGUUGAAGCACCUCUACACCUGCGACCUUCUGUCCACUGGAGAAUACUGGUGCUAUGAAUGCGAGAAGCCAGAGAAAUUCACAGAUGGCAAGUGCAAGCGGUGCCUUGGUCACCCCGGGAAACGUCGCAAAAUACUCAAGAUCGCGAAGAACUUCUUCUCGACCAUUGGCCACAAGUCUAGGAAGGAGGGCGCUGCCGACCUCGAUCUCGUCGCCACCACCGACCUCCCGCCCCCGAGCUAUGGCUCCUUGCACGUUCGACCCCAACAGAUCGAGCUGUCAUGCGCUACCGAGAUCGUUGAGAUUGAUUCUGUCGAAAUUUCAGCAACCCGGGCUCCCCAAAAUGCAUCCCCUCUGCUUGACCCAGCUUCGACUAACGUCUUACCGGCAACGGACCACCCAACACAGGCUGCGGCCCUGGACUGCAUGAUCUCAUCCAUACCUAGCCCCUUGUCCGAUUGGGAUUUCAACCUCCUUACUGGCGCUCCCGGCACCGCUACGGUGGAGAACGAUCACUCCAAGAUGUCCGAUCGACCGGCAUUGCAGCUGACCACAUACGACCUUGCACAUUACAGACGUAGCAGGCUGGAUCUACAAAACAAGGGGAAAAAGCUAUCCCCAAGCUCAUCGCUGAGAUCAAAUGCGAGUUUUGGAAGCCACGUCAUUUCACCAAUUUCAGCAUUCAGCGGGGCCUGGACAGUAGGGUCGGGUUUUGAGACCGACUUGACCUCACCCACCUCCGACGGCGGCUUUCUGUCAAGAGGCGGUUCCAAUGCAAGCCGGCGAAGUUGCUUCGAUAGCGUGCAGCUGCAUGAGACUAUAUCAGAGCUCCCGGCCGAAUCUCCCCUUGCUGACACCAUACCGCCUGUCCUUCCGGAUGGAAGCAGCACAGAUUAUUGUUCCACAGGAACCAUCACAACCGUUCCGGACACUGCGGCAGUACCGACGGUUCUCGCGAACUCUUUCAAGUCCGAGACAUAUAUCCAGGUACCAGAGAGUAGCAAAACGCAGCCACUGACGAAUCCCCACGCACUGAUUACUUCGGCCUGGGAGACUUUGCAAACACACAUCACCUCAUCAAUGCAAAAGCUGCGACACAUGUCACACAACCCCCUCGUCAAUCGAUUGCAAUUCCUCGACUGCCAUACCGUCGGGACAACUGGACUUGCCACUCUUCAAGCAAUUUUGGAGGGUGAGAUCCCAACUUCUCCGCUGGACUGGCUUUGUUUCGUACACUUCACCUAUUCGUUAUCCCUGGUUGUUUACGAGCGGGAUGCUGAAAGCAUGGCGAAACGUCUCUUCGCCCAAGCUUAUUUGUAUGGAAGUCUGGUCGCUCCUGAGCUUCGUAGUUUUUACCUAGAGGUCGCUACGUCGAUCUGGCACCCUCUGGAUAUGACCGAUGACGAACUUGCUGGUCAACUACUCAAGGAAGACCUUGGAGCCUUACCAAUUGCAGAUGCUACCAAGGGCAAGACAUGCGGAUUGCCCAUUGUGACUCUUCAUGGGGCAGAUGACCUACUAGAAAUAGCUCGGUUCUUCCUGGACGAACUCGAGCACGCCGCGAUUCCUGUCAGUGGACCGCACCCAAUCGCCGCUGCGAAGUCCGACAGCUGGGUGCAGCAAACGCGAGAUGCCGAUGUAGGAAAAGUUUCCGACCGGGGAUUCUCGGUCACUGUUGGCCUUGUCGUGAAUAUGCUGCAGGGCCAAUUCGCCAAUGCCUUCGGUCUUGUCAAAAAGCUGGCCAAAUUCCAAAAGCGUGUCGACGCAGGCGAGAUACAAAAUCCACGAAGAGCGGAGUUGGAGUUGAUACAGGCAGGCAAGGAUCUCUCAAAUGAAGCAGGCAACAAAGUCGAGUCACCGGACUGCUGCGACAUCUGCGGAUUCCGCCCCAAAGGGCAUCCCAAGUGGUUCAAAGGCACUCUGACGAAGCACAAGAAGCUGCAGCACAAAACGACGCCUCCUACAAUCUAUCGAUGUCCAUUCCCAGGCUGCACGAGCCAGUAUAAAAACCGACCUGACAAUCUGAGGCAGCAUCAGCUCGACAAAAGUCAUUUUGUCGACGGCGAAGGGGUCCGCAGGCCCAGCAAAAGGAAGAAAGUUGACGACAGCGAAUGA